UGUAGCCUUCCCCAUCUCAAAACAUCCUAUAUAUGCAACAUCAUUUUCUCAUAUACUAAAGCUGCUUUGCCCUUCACCAACAUACCUAUUUUCUUUCUUUGUUUUUUUAGAUCAAUCUUGAUCAAGCAACACACAAUGAUCAGUCUAUUUACUUAGAUUUUUACCCUACAAAUAAUGUUUCAUAUCCCAAUAUCCACAGAACUCAGAGGUACCACUUUCUAGUCCAGUCCCCAUCUCUAUUUGUCUCUCUUUAUCUCAUGAUGCAAUUUACUGAAACACUAUCAACACCACAACUUCACCAGACCACUAAAUCAUGCCAAAAUUUCACUCAUCCGAUGAACCCAAAUCAAACCCCCCAGAACCAAAACUGGCCUGGGUUCCCAGCGCCCAGUAAGGCGCUGGGAACCUUUGGGGACGCUAACUGUAUGGAACAGUUGCUCGUUCGUUGUGCUAACGCGAUUGAAAGCAACGACGCCACUCUUUCUCAACAAAUUUUAUGGGUUCUCAACAAUAUUGCCCCAUCAGAUGGUGACUCGAAUCAACGACUCACUUGUGGCUUCCUACGUGCCUUGAUUGCCAGGGCAGCAAAAACCGGAACUUGCAAAAUGCUAACUGCAGCCCUUUCAAAUUCAAAUAUCUCAAUUCAAACACACAAAUUCUCUAUUAUUGAGCUAGCAAGUUUUGUUGACUUGACACCAUGGCAUCGUUUCGGUUUCACUUCAGCCAAUGCUGCAAUACUUGAAGCAGUUGAGGGAUACUCAACGGUUCACAUAAUCGAUUUAAGUCUAACACAUUGCAUGCAAAUCCCCACAUUAAUUGAUUCAUUAGCUGGCAGACCCGAAGGUCCACCAGUAUUAAAGCUCACUAUAGCUGGUGCCACGGAAGACGUGCCACCGAUGCUAGAGCUUUCCUACGAAGAGCUAGGAGUAAAGUUAGUUAACUUUGCACGUUCAAGAAACAUACUAUUAGAGUUUUCGGUUAUUCCUUCAAGUUCUUCAGAUGGAUUUUCAUCAUUAAUUGAACAACUAAAGCUUCAAACUUUAUUAGUACACGGAACCGAAAGUAGUAGUACUAAUAAUGAAGCACUUAUCAUAAAUUGUCAUAUGAUGCUUCAUUAUAUACCUGAAGAAACCCCAACCGUUGUUCCGUUUUCAUUCGAAGAUACAACCCCUAGAGCUGUAUUUUUGAAUCAAAUUAGGAGUUUAAAUCCAACUUUAGUUGUAUUAGUAGAUGAAGAUGCUGAUUUUACAUCAACUAAUUUAGUUAGUAGAUUAAGGUCAGCUUUUAAUUACUUAUGGAUUCCAUAUGAUAUAGUCGAUACAUUUUUGCCUAAAGGAAGCAAACAAAGGCAAUGGUAUGAAGCUGAUAUAUGUUGGAAGAUAGAGAAUGUGAUAGCACAAGAAGGGUUACAUAGAGUUGAAAGGUUGGAGCCGAGAGGACGAUGGGUUCAACGUAUGAGAAACGCCGGGUUUCGUGGGGUUGGGUUCGGUGAAGAUAUCGUGGGUGAGGUUAAAGGGAUGCUUGAUGAACAUGCUGCUGGAUGGGGGUUGAAGAAAGAAGAUGAUGAUCUUGUUCUUACAUGGAAAGGACAUAAUGUGGUUUUUGCAACUGCUUGGGUACCAACAUGAUCAUUUGAUUUUAAAAAAACUAAAUAAUAUAUGAUCUUCUUUUUAGUUAUCAAAAUGAUAGUUAAGUAGCUAGCUAGGUUUAAUCUUACUAGAUGAUCAUCUUUUGUUUUUGUUGUUUGUAGCAUGUCAUUUCAAGAAGGUUAAUGACUGUUUUUAGCCUAAUAAUUAUAACAUAUUUAAUGAUCAUAUAUCAGAUUUUAAUCUAUGUUUCUUUUCUCA